UCAAAUAUUGGCUGUCAAGUAUAUUUAUGGAAUUUUUAGAGAAUUAAAAUAAUCGUGUUGUGUUGAUAUUUGUAUGUAACAAGUUCACCUUUUUAUCAGUCCUUGAUCUUUCACUGGCAGUGAUAACAGCAUCAAAUGUUGGGCAUAUACGGAGCUCGUAGCUUCGUCUGAAAAUUUAUAAUAAGUAUUUUUAUAGAAAAAUGUUUACAAUUCAGCAUGUCACUCGACCAGAAAGACAAGAGAAAGAAUGCAUUCAUUCUGGACACUUCAUGGUUUCUCAUUUCGAAGCUGAAGAACAAGACGACGAAGAUAAUGUAGCAGUUCCCAUUCCAGAGAGCACGGACCCCAAGACCAUUGUUCCACUGGUGACUGCAAGGCCUAGAAGCAUCCAGAACUGCACAGAGAACCAGAAAAAUCAACUGCAGCUAGCCAUUGAUACAAGUUUAGCAAAACUUUUCCAAUGUAUGUCUUUGGCUUACAGACAAAAAUUGACGUCGCCGAAAUGGAACAGAUUUCGUGGAAUCAGACUACGGUGGAAGGACAAAAUCCGCUUGAACAAUGUCAUAUGGAGAUGCUGGCAUCUUCAAUUUAUCAAGAAAGAAAAUACCCUGGUGUGCCAAUUUGCUUCACCCCUAGAUGUAGACAUCCAUAACAAACCAGAGGCGGUUGUGUUGGAAGGAAAAUACUGGAAAAGAAAAUUAGCAGCAGUUACUGCUGAAUACAAAAAAUGGCGCAUGUUUUACAGGAACAACUUGCUUGGACAUGCCACAAAAGAACCACCCGAUAUAUUGAACGAUAUGGAUCUGCUGGUUUGGGACUCGAACAGUUCGGAAAACUUGAAUAUGAUGGUGGAUGAGGACUAUAUGGGGCUGAUGAGUGAUACUCUUUUCACCACCAUCACGAAUCAACCGUACGUUUUUCCCGAUACUAGGGAAAUUGCUAAAGCAGGGUAUGCAGACUUCAUCCAACCUAGCCUGGGCCCUUUGCAGCCCACUUUGGAUGAAUUCAUGGACACCUCUCCAUUCUUCCCGGAAUUUUUGUCCAGCAAGUUGGCAACUGUACCUGAAGAGAGCCAAGGGGCCCAGCAGCCUUCUGGUUGGGGAUAUAUGAGUAGUGAUUUGAACAACACCGAUAAUUCAUUGGAG